GCACGUUUCGCGCCAAAUGGCGAAAGGUGAAAAAUCUAAAAUGUCCCGCUCAUCCCGACCUCCCCCUUAAAUCGGAGUAACCCAGAAACGAAAACAGUUUGACAAACAGAGGAGAGUAAAGGGAAAAACAGGUUGAAAACCCAUAUUAUGUCUACCGCCAUUUUUGUAGCUCUGCAAUGCUGCCAAUGCUCCACAAUGCAGGUGAAACAAAGGAAGAAGAGCCGCAACAAUUGGACGUGCGUGGUUUGCAAUCAAAAGCAAUCGGUUCUGAAGGUGUUUGCCCAGGGUCCCAUGGCUAAAGACGUCCGCAAGGUCGUCCAGUCUUUCAAUAUGUCCCGCAAGUUCACCGAUCAAAACCAACCCUUCGAUUCGGUGUACGAUAUUGAUUUCGAAGAUGACGACGAAGAUGGCGGUGGUGAUCAUCUGGAGAAUCCGAAGAAGAGGCGUACCGAUUGGACCGAGUAUCUCGACUCAGAGAAUCGUGUUGAACCCGAAUCAGUUUUACAAGAAGAGGAACAAGGGGAUGAUUUAGAGCCAGAGAUAGUGACAGAGUUGCCAGCAAAGGAGAAAUUCGAGAGGCCCAAAUUAAGGAACUAUGAUAAUGAUGAAGGCAGCGAUCAUCAUCAACGUUAUAAGCCUGUUUUAUCCAAGAGGAAUGGCAGAACGGAUUCCAUGCUCCCUGCACAAAAUGAGAAGCCAUUUAGGCAGCAGCAGGCAUUAGGAGACACUGCCACAAGUGCUUCAAAACGAAGCAGCUUUAGACUAAGAGAUGCAGGGAACAUUGUGGAUUCAAUAAGGAAAAUCAAGCCAACAACAGCAGCAGCAGCAGCUGCUAAAGGGAAUUCAAAGUGGAGCCUUUACAUAACAGAAGAUGAGGAGGAACAUAUUUGUCCAACAAGCUCUGCACAGCAUCUUGUCAACAAAUGGGGAGAUGGUGAAGGCAACACUGAAUCCAUCAACUAUCAAAUCGUUGAAGAUGAGAUCCACCCUGAUUUCACGUGAAUAUAAUGUCAGUUCAUUAUCUUCUCUGGUUUUUCCCCCUUACAGGGUUGCGAAAGUAAUGACCAAGAGAUUGAUUAGCUUAUUGGAUUAGUUGGGCUAUAGAGAUCUUGUUUUCAAAUUUUUUAUUAGUAUGAGAUGAUUAUAA